AUGCAGUUUCGGAAGCUCGUCGCCGCGCUGGUCCCGGCACUGCUGACCUGGCAGGUCAGCGCCGGCAGCACCUCCGCCUCCGCCAGCACCCUUCAGUAUGACGCCAGCAGGCCCGUCUUCACCUUUGACUACAGCACUACGGCCGUCGACAAGAAGAACUGGGUUGCCGUCUACCCCAAGGGCUACGACCCGGCCCGCGCGGACCAGCGCACACAGUACCUCUACUGGACCUACGCGCCCGACAGACGUGGCACCGCCCAGAUCCAGGUCGCCUACGCCGAGCCCGGCGAGUACACGGCCUACUUCCUGGCCAAGGACGGCUACAACAAGCUCGUCGGGCCCCUCCGGGUGGUGAACCGUGGCGAGACGGGCCCGAUUGAGUUUAUUGUGCGCAAUUUUACCACGCAGAAUGCAAGAGAAAAGGAAGCAUUUUCGGCGCGCGUGGGAGGUCUGGUUAAGGCGCGGCUGCAGGCUCCGCGCUUCAAGCUUGUAUCCGACUCGUCCAAGUCUGGCUGGGUCAAGGUCAGCAGCGACGGCCUCAUCUCGGGCACGCCUGCCAAGGGCGACGAUGGCACCACGACCGUUGUUGUUGGAGCUACCGCUGAGAAUGGCUCUAAAAGUACGCUACAAGUGACGAUUCCCGUGGUGGCCGUGGACGCGCCGAUGGUCGACAAGCUCAAAGUGACGACGAUGAACAUUUGGAUCGGCGGCAAGUACGUUUACCAGAGCCACUACAAGCAGGUCAGCUACCUGACGAGCACCAACGCGGACGUCAUUGGUCUCCAGGAGACGGUCAAGCCCGGCGACGCAGGCACCCGUCUCGCCAAGGCCAUGGGCUACUACCACCACGACAAGGGCGACAAGGCCAUCCUGUCCCGCUACCCCAUUGUCGAGAACCUAGAUGCCAACGAAGCAGCCGACGCCGUGCGCAUCCAGCUCGAUGGCAAGGAUAGCGAGAUCAUCUUUUACACGGCACAUCUCGGAUACACCCCAUACGGGCCCUACGACUUUUGCUUCAGCAACAUGACGGCGGAGCAGGUCACGGCGCGCGAGGCCGAGUCGGGCCGCACGGGGCAGAUCAUGGACAUUUCCGCCGCCAUCGCCAAGCUCCUGCCAAACGCUGACAAGGUGCCCGUGUUUCUGACGGGCGACUUCAACGCGCCCUCGCAGCUGGACUGGACCGAGGCGAACAAGGACGCGCACUGCGGCGUCGGCUACUACGAGUGGCCGACGUCGAAGUACCCGCUCGAGGCCGGCCUCAAGGACACUUUCCGCGAGCUGUACCCCGACCCCAUGCAGGACCCGGCCGACACCUGGUCGCCGGUGCACCCGGCAUCUGAGGAGCCGCCCGACAGGAUCGACUUUAUGUACUAUGGCGGCGCGGGCGUCAAGCCGCUGACGUCGAAGCCAAACGUGGUCGGCACGCCCAUGCUUGAUCCGAAUGUGUGGAUGAACGAGUGGCCGACGGACCACAAGAGCUUCGAGUCGCUGUACCAGCUGCUGCCGAGCGCGCAGAGAAAAAAGACGUCGGGCAACUGA